CUCUUUUUUUCUCCUUCUUAUUGAAUCUUUCAUAUACUCAUAAGUAUCUUCACAGAUAUUUAUUUACAUCCACUGUAUCUAUACACUCCCUACAUGUUAGGGUUCUUCAUUCUCUGGUUCUGGGUUUUACAGAGAUUCAAGAAUUGUGUUCUUGGGGUGUAAAAAGGUUAAAUCUUAGACCCAAAUAAGACUUUAUUUAGGCUCAGUGUACUGUAAAAUUAAAAAGUAAAGAAUUUGAGAAGUUUCUUGUUGAUGGUUUCUGCUGCGUACAUUUGUUUAUGUGUUAAAGUUCAAGGUUUUUGUUGGGGUUCUGUAUAUAGUUGAACUGUUGAAGUGAUUGGUUUUGGCUUUUUUUUUUUGGCGGGAAUGUCAAGGUCGAAUCUUUCUUGGUCUUCUUUGUAGAAAGGUCUGGUUGAACUGUAAAAGAUGACAGAUUGUGAAAAGGGAAGUACAUUGGUGAAAGUAUGGAACUUUUCUUGAAUAUAGUAUGUUUUUGUUUUUUAGUUUUAUGUAUGAGUGUGUGAGGUAUGUUUGAGCAAUGUUUAAUUUUUUUUUUUGGGACAAAUUUCGAGCAUUGUUGUUGAUGGUUGGAAUAUGUUGAAGGAAUGAUUGUGGCUGAAAAUCCACAUGCAAGUACUGAACAGAACUUAGGAUCAUAAACUCUUCAAAUGACUCGUUUAGCUAAUGGGGAGGCAGAGAAAACUCAUCACAAAUCGAACAAUGAAGUCUGUGGUAGAGGUGCAUCGACAGAUGAUGUGAAUGGAGAUACCCUGCCUGAUUCAAGUAAAAAGCCAGGACAGCAUAAAGAAAUGACUUUUCAAGAUGUGUACAACCAAGACCUCGAUGACGAGGAAGAUGACAGUGAUUGGGAGCCCCUGCAAAGGAAUGUUGAACUCGUUAAGUGGUUCUGCACCAAUUGCACAAUGGUCAACCUCGGUGAUGAUGUCAAUUGCGAUAUAUGUGGGGAACAUAGGGAGUCUGGGAUUCUUAGGCAUGGGUUUUUGGCAUCUCCCCUGUUACCAGAUUCAAGCCUUAAUGAGAUUGAUCCUGGUAUUAGGGAAAGACAUAAAGGGUCACAAGAUUCAGCAUCAAGCAGUUCCACUGCUGUGGGUUUUGAUGAGAGAAUGUUGCUACAUUCAGAAAUUCAAUUGCAGUCGCAUCCACACCCAGAAAGACCGGAUCGUAUUCGAGCAAUUGCUGCCAGUCUUGCCACAGCUGGUAUAUUUCCAGGACGAUGUUAUCCGAUUCCUGCUAGAGAAAUUACGCGUGAAGAACUUCAGAUGGUCCAUUCCUUGGAGCAUGUUGAAGCUGUUGAUCUUACAGGCCAUAUGUUUUCUAGUUAUUUCACUCCCGACACAUAUGCCAAUGAACAUUCAGCACGUGCCGCUAGGCUUGCAGCAGGUUUAUGUGCUGAUCUUGCUUUAGCAAUAGUUUCUGGACGUACCAAGAACGGCUUUGCCCUGGUUCGUCCUCCUGGUCAUCAUGCUGGUAUAAAGCAGGCUAUGGGGUUUUGCCUCCAUAAUAAUGCAGCAGUUGCUGCAUUAGCAGCUCAAGUUUCUGGGGCUAAAAAAGUGCUAAUUGUUGAUUGGGAUGUUCAUCAUGGGAAUGGCACCCAGGAAAUAUUUGAUCAGAACAAAUCGGUCUUGUAUAUAUCUUUACAUAGACAUGAGGGGGGAAAGUUCUAUCCUGGUACUGGAGCUGCUGAUGAGGUUGGUACCAUGGGAGCUGAAGGACACUGUGUGAAUGUUCCAUGGAGUCGUGGUGGAGUGGGUGAUAAUGACUAUCUUUUUGCAUUUCAACAUGUUGUGCUUCCUAUAGCAUCUGCAUUUGCUCCUGAUAUCACCAUCAUAUCAGCAGGAUUUGAUGCAGCGAGGGGUGAUCCUCUAGGAUGCUGUGAUGUUACUCCUGCCGGCUAUGCAAAGAUGACUGACAUGUUGACUGACUUGUCUGGAGGGAAGUUGUUGGUCAUUCUUGAGGGCGGGUAUAAUUUACGGUCAAUAUCAUCUUCUGCUACUUCAGUAAUCAAGGUAUUACUGGGUGAAGGUCCUGGAUGUGAAUUGGACAGCACUCCACCUUCCAGAUCUGGUCUGCAAACUGUUCUAGAGGUCCUUAAAAUUCAAAGCAAGUACUGGCCUGUUUUAGCGUCCAACUUUACAACAUUGCAGUCACAAGCUAGGAUGCACUCUAUUGGAAACAAAAGAAAACAAAUAGAAAAGAAACGCCGGGCUGUGGCUCCGAUGUGGUGGAAAUGGGGACGGAAAGGUCUACUGUAUCAUUUUCUAAAUGGGCAAAAUCGGCAUGUUCAUAUGAAACGAAAGGGUGUUUGAUGGACUCGUUAGAUAAACACCCAUGCUUCAAUGCAUUUUUGUAUCCUAGCUAGUCCCUAGAAUAGGAUGAAAGCUAUUAUGGCUUGUCCAUGAUGUCUUUAUAUUUUGAGAGUCGAGUACAACUUUCUACUUCGUUUUGGAACAAUCAAUAGAAUGAGAUCUUCAGCUUA